AUGACGACGUCACCAGCCGUUGCGCUAACACCAAUCAUCACCACACCGCCCACCGUAACAACUUCAAAUGGAACGUCAGCGAGACGGUUGGCGGAGUUGUCGUCGGGAUCCGCUACCGCGGCGCGGAGAGCGAAGCGAGCUCAAGUGUCGCGUGCGUGUGCGAGGUGCAGGCGUUUGCAAAAGGGUUGCAGCGAGUCGAGACCAUGUCAACGAUGCGUUAAGACGGGACUGGCUGAGCAGUGCGCGACAUCGGCCCUGAUUACCUCACCCACGUUAUCGACCUUGGGCGUUGGUAGCACAACACACACUAAUUUUGCAAGGGAAUCAUUCCAAAGACAGGCAGACCUGGUGCCUGUUCAAGUGAUUGAGCAGUGUUCCCAGCGCUUCUUUUCGCACUUGGGCCCUACAAUUCCAAUAAUCUCGCCCGAAUACAUCGCAAACCUACAGAGGCGCACCUCGGAAUCGACGGAAGCUAGCGCCGAGGCGUAUGGCGUCCUGGUGGGCAUGUGUGCUAUGGUGUUAUUGCAGGUCGAAGAACCAGGGGGUCGGCGUUUUGGCGACCUAGUGACCGCGGAUACGAAUGCCGCUUACGGAUGGGUGCUUCUAGAGGAAGCUCUGGCGGCGCAUCGUCAUGCUCCCAGAAGGUCAAAUCCUAGUUUUGAAAACGUGCUUUUCACUUUCUUCAUCUACGCUUGUCACGCGGCAUUGUUACAUCACAGCCAAGCGUUCUUCUUUCUGAGAGAGACUACAACCCUUUACCUCUUGCUGAAGGCGGAGGUAUUGCCGAAUCCGACCAGAACUCUAGCCGAGCGAUUGUUCUGGGUACUUAUCGCAUCCGAGCGGGCGCAUGCAAUACGUUAUCGACGCCCAAUAACGCUUCAGAUCACAUCUGCCAGUCCCAGUGUAGCCUCACUAACCACGGGUCCUGGCGAAGCCCACUCACUGGCUGGGUUUUGGUCUUUGAUAGCUCUCUUCAGACCACUCGAUACGUCCUUCAUCGCAAUACUGAAUUCGGAAUCCAUCUCCUGCCCGCCGUCCCAGGGCUCCCUCGAUGAAACAGAGGCCGCUAUCAAUGCUGCCUUGAAUCAUGCUCCACCGUCAUCCCUACAUCAGACGCAAAAGGCUAAUUUGCGAGUGACGCAACUUUGGCUACGUAUAAUUAUAUGGCAAGUCCGACUUCGAUUAGGACAUCUGUCCGAGACGGCAAUUGCAAAGUCAAGCCAUACAUAUCAUUACCCAUUAGAAGUUGCAAAAGACCUAGCUCUCAGCACGCGAGAUUUAGAGAUUGGCGCCAUGACCGUACAUGGAGUCGGACUCACGGAAAAGCUUUUUGAUAUUGCCUGCGUCGUUAUCAAUGUUCUAGCGAGAGUCCCAUUGGGGUUCGAGAGGGGGCCAGCAGAAGAAGACGUCAGAUAUAUGAGAAAGUUAAUCAUGGAACUGCCUGGUGGCAAAACUGUGUACGACAAGCUGAUGGUCAAACAUUUAAUGGCAGCCCUUCCGGGAAUCGUAAGCAAUUGA